UAGCAACUUGUUAUCGUUCUUACACCGUUCUUGCAGUUCCUUCACCAACACUGCCGUUAUAUCAUUGUUUUUUGUUUGUUUCCUAAAAUGUUGCGGCAAUUUUUGUUAACAACAGUGGGGCGUCGCCUGGCUCUCCCAAUGAUCGCCCAAAACCGCUCUGCCAGCAAUUUGGAUAAAACUGAGUUCACAACUCCUGUGGAAAUUGUGGAUUACGAUGAUCCACCGCACUUGCCAGUUCCUGAAUAUCCCGUCCGACCAGACGAGCCCCUCGAAACACGCAAGCAGCGACUAUUAUAUCAAAGCCGUAAACGUGGGAUGCUCGAGAACGAUCUUCUGCUAAGUACUUUUGUGGCCAAAUAUUUGCGGGAUUUCAAUGCCAAACAAACUGCUGAAUAUGACCAGUUAAUCAAUGGUGUCAGUAAUGAUUGGGAUAUAUUCUAUUGGGCCACCGAAACAAAACCAACGCCUCCGGAAUUCGAUACUGAGAUAAUGCAACUGCUUAAGGAGCACGUGAAAAACCAUGAGAAGGUGCAAAGGAUAAGGCAGCCAGAUUUAUAGAUAUAAUGUGUAUUAGCAGAUGCAUUGAUAAACCCGUUCAUUGGAAUGGUUUUACAAUUUAUAUAUUAACAUAAACUCAUAAAUCGUAUUAUAAAUGAUAUUGUAAUUUGAAUGAUUUAGCACUUAAACCUGAUCUUUAAAUGGUAUAUAAUUUCUUAAAAUAUCUGUGACGAUUUCUUGCAUUUUCUCUUUAUAAAAGUAAAAGGUUUUUAUACUGAAAAAUAAAUCUUUCUUGUUGCACAUGA